AUGGACAGCAACGAGGUGACAAUAUCUUUAGAGGAUUCCCCCAGCUCCGGGGGAAGUUUCGCCAGCACAACCAGUGGACCUUGUUGCGGUUCAGGAAGGGAUUUGGUUGUGGACAUGGAGGUGGAUGAUAAGGAUAAAGGAGAUGAGCAGUUUCAUUUGAGAGCUCCCGUUGACUUGCAGAAAUCGAAGGGUACAAAUAAGUAUUCCAGCGAUCUGUCUGGAGGAAAUAGCUAUGCUGCAAACAAAAAUGUGGCUGAAGGCCUCAUGGAUAUAGCCUUGCUCUCGGCUAAUGCUAAUCAACUCCGCUUUUUAAUCACCUACAAUGACAAGGCCUCCACCUACGUAUACAGUAUGAUUAUGGUGAUACUUUCCCUGGUGCUGCAGCUCUUAGUGGGAAUAAUGCUGAUUUUCAAACGACGGCUGAAGCGAUUCAAAAACCGGAGCUAUGAAAGAACCAAUGAUCUGCUGGUGAUGGGAGUUUUUAUGAUCACAGUGGUCAACAUACUGCUGGCUGCUUUCACCACAACCGAUGGAGGCACUCAUUGAAAUACCUUUUUUAUA